CUUGGACAUCCAUAAUCAGAAUACUACUUCACCUUACCAUAUCCAGUUUAAAUCAGCUGUGUAAGCCCUGGUCUGCUGCAGGACGCUUUGUUGGGUUGUGGAAAAACCCCAGGCCGAGUCCACAAAUCCUGCACUCGAGCAGCAGCACUCCUUCUCACCGCAAUGCGCCUCCGCUCCUCCACAGUUCCCGUGGUUUCAUCCCUUUUCCAGCACUCUGCGGUGGUUUCCUAACCACUCUUACCUUAUAUUCUCUGUGUGCUACCUCCUAUCUCUACCUUUAUCUUCUUAAAGGCUAUCACUUGACGAAGAUCUUCUAAUUCAACCUCCGCAGUUGCCCUUUCUCAUUGACUAACGACACAAUGCUGGUGUCCAUAGCCCUUGCUUGUGGCCUUGUUGUCGCCGUCUCCAUCGUUACUACGCUCGUCUCGGGACUUGGAUCUCCACUUGCCAAAGUACCUGGCCCUUGGUAUUCUCGAUUCACUCAUCUCAUCCUCAAAUACGAGACGAUCAGGGGCAGGAAAGUGUUUUACGUGCAUAACCUUCAUCUCAAGUAUGGGCCCAUUGUGCGAAUCACUCCCACAGAGGUGGCUAUCGCAGAUGUAGGGUGUUUUGCUCAGAUCCACAAAAUCAGCUCCGGCUUCUACAAGUCGCCCUGGUACGACACGGUCACCCCCAACCGACAACCUGGGGUUUUCGCCAUGCGAGAUCCUCACCAGCAUUCUGCUCGCCGGAGGCUAUUCGCACAACCCUUCAGCAACUCGGCACUCCAAAAGAAUUGGGCGGCUGAGAUACGCUCACGAGUUGAAACCGCCGUCUCAAAGAUCAGACAGGACGCGUCAAAUGGGGAUGCUGAUGUGUUCCGAUGGUGGACUCUGAUGGCAACUGACUUGAUUACACACCUGUGCUUUGGCGAAUCUUUCAGGAUGCUGGAGCAGGGAAAGCAAUCACCGUACAUCGACUCGAUCCAAUCAUGGCUGCUCAUGAUGGUCUUGAGAGCCGAGUUGUACCCUGUCUAUGUCCUUGCGCGACUGAUGCCUUCUGAAAGAAUUCAACGCGUCGUGAGAGCCGACGAGGUUGUUGCCAAGCACGGGAGCCGCGCCGUCGACAACAUGCGCAACGCAAGCGGCAACGCGCAGAAUCUCUUUGGACAAGCGCUCGCCAUGGCGAACAAUCAAGACAAGGCGACAAUCACCGAGAGCGAUGUUCGCGACGAGGCCACCAACCUGAUCGUUGCGGGAUCGGACACGACAGCCGUUACCCUGACAUAUCUUGUCUGGGCUGUGCUGAAGAGGCCAGAGUUACAAAGGGAGCUCGAAGAAGAAGUGGCGGGAUUGAGUCCAGACUUGAGUUUUGAUGAGUUGAGCCAUGCACUUCUCCUCAACAGCGUCAUCGAGGAGACGCUUCGACUCUAUGGCGCGGCUCCUGGCGCCCUCCCCCGUUCUGUGCCACCCGGCGGUGUCGACAUGUUGGGCCACUUUCUCCCUGGUGGCACCGUCGCUAGCACGCAAGCUUACACCAUCCAUCGGGACCCGAACAUAUUCCCCAACCCCUUAGAGUUUGAUGGGUAUCGGUUUAUCAAGCCUGACUUGAUGACUCCAGUUCAGAAAACGGCCUUCCACCCGUUUGGGGCGGGAAGCAGGGUCUGCCUCGGGAUCCAUCUGGCCUACUUAGAGAUGCGGCUCGCAGUCGCACUGUUCUUCCGGGAAUGCCGCGGGAUAAGGAUCAGCGAUGUGAUGACAGAUGAAAUGAUGAAGGAGGAUGAUCGGUUCAUCAUUGCACCAAGGGGUCAUUGCCUAAAGGUGACAUUUGGGUGAGCUGAAGAACACCUGGCGCUUGAAGGGUGGGAAUCACUGCAGUGCUGUGUCCCCGGUGUUUUCUGGUUGACGAUUGGCAGACACAUGGGGCUGGGCGCUGUAUUGGUUACAGUAACCAAGCGUGUAUGCCGUCAAAUCCAUGGAACACAUGGGAAAUUCAUAACGGUGUAUUCAAUGUUCUAUCAACCCAGUAUCCAUCGAUGGAAGUCUCUCUUAGACAACCCCAUAUUCCAAC